AUGUCUGAUAGAGGGCCAGGAGGAAACUCUUGUUUCAAGAUUGCCAGUUUGUACACAGUGAAGGCAGUGGCUAUUCUAGACAAUGAUGGAGAGAGGUUACUCUCAAAGUACUAUGAUGACACAUUUUCCACCACCAAGGAACAGAAAGCAUUCGAGAAGAACCUCUUCAACAAGACACAUAGAGCAAAUGCUGAAAUCAUCAUGCUUGAGGGAAUGACAAUAGUCUACAGGAGUAAUGUUGAUCUGCUCUUCUAUGUGGUUGGAAGUGCCUCAGAAAAUGAACUGAUUCUUGUCAGCGUAUUGAAUUGCCUCUAUGAUUCUGUCAGUCAAAUCCUUAGGUAUGUAUGAGGGGGACAAGCCAUGUAAGAAGGCCAAGACAUUAAAUGGUACAGAGCCUGUGAUUGGACAGAGAUAUCUGCAAUCAUGUUUUUUUUUAUCGAACAUAGCCAAUGAGCAGUGGAAGUUGUAGGAUGCUUUAGAAUGGACUCUGAUUGGUUAUUGGCCUGAAAUUUAAAAAUGACCUUAUGGUUUUGUAUUUAUUCUGCCCUUGGGGACAUUCAGUUGACCUUCAUGGAAUAUUGAUAUAAAUUCCAAAAUUUCUUCAGUUUAGACAGGCAUACAAAUUAUUGUUUAUAUUGUUUUUGUAGUACUUUGCAGGAUGGCAUCACAUAGAACCGGUUUGCAUCAAACUCUUCUUACCAGAGAGAUAAAGGUUUGCUUAAUGGAGAUGUUCUUUACUGUGACAGUUUUUGUCUUAUCUGCAUAGCAGAGCGAGACUAUAGGUGCUGCUUUUCCGGCGACGACGGUGAUGGUGGCGGCGUCGGCUUUGUCAACAUUGAAAUCAUAACCAAGGUUAAGUUUUUGAAAUGUCAUCAUAACUUGGAAAGGAUAUGGACGUAGUUCAUGAAACUUGGACAUAAGGGUAAUCAAGUAUUACUGAACAUCCUGCCUGAGUUUCAGGUCACAUGACGAAGGUCAAUUAGGGUCAAUGAACUCAGACCAUGUUGGGGGACUCAUUAUCGAAAUCUUAACCAAGGUUAAGUUUUUGAAAUGUCAUCAUAACUUAAAAAGUAUAUGAACCUAGUUCAUGAAACUUAUACAUAAGGGUAAUAGUGUAUUACUGAAGAUCCUGCCUGAGUUUCAGGUCACAUGAUUAAGGUCAAAGGUCACGGUCAACGAACUUUGGCCAUGUUGGGGUAAUUUGAGGAAACUUGGACAUAAGAGCAACCAUGUAUCCCUGAAUAUCAUGUGCGAGUUUCAGGUCACAUGAUUAAGGUCAGAGUUCACUUAGAGUCAACAAACUUUGGUAAUGUUUGGUGUAUUUGUGGAAUUGUCAUCAUACAUGUAACCUUAAAAGAGCGGCAAUGUAUCCCGGUAUACCCUGUGCGCGUUUCAGGAACAUGGCCAAGGUCAAAGGUCAUUUAAAGGUCAAUGAACUCUGGCAGUGUUGGGAGUAUAUGUGUUGAAUUGGCAUCAUAAUUUCAUGGAUAACUUUCAUAAAGUUUAUGGAUCUAGCUCAUGAAACAUCAACAUAAGGUAAUCAAGUAUGAAGGAUUGUUUUGCACAUGUCUUAGGUCACAUGAUCAUGGUCAAAGGUAAUUUUGGGUCAAUGGACAUAAUAUUUUAUUAUCAGAGUAGUGUUUUCUCCUGUGAAUAAUUAUUCAUUAGCUGUUUUCAUAGGCAGCACUGCUGCUACAUCGAAUUGCAUAAUGCAGGCGAGACUGCCAUAGGUGUUCCACUUGUUUUCUAUUAAUGGACAUAAAUUAAAAUUAUCCAAUCAUCUGGUAUCCUAGGAACAAGACAAAUAAGAAAUAUCAAGUUAAAAAAUGGAUUAGAUUGGAUACUAAAGGGCUUGAUUGUAUACUCAAUUGUCAUGAGGUAGUAGUUAUGACUUUCAUCUUGCAACCAGAGAGUCGUGUGUUUGAAUCCCACCACGGCCUAGCAUCCUUUGGCGAGGCAUCAAUCCACACGUUGCCACUCUCUACCCUGGUGUUAAAUGGGUACCUGGUAGGAUGCAAAAGCCUAUGUUGUAUGCCAAGCAAUUGAGUCUUGGAACUAUUGUAAAAAAUGAUCCCCAGGGAGUGGAGAAAGUGCAUACAUUGUGUGUGGGCAUGUCAGGAUCCGAUGACCAUGGAAAUAGUAUAUUUGUACCGCACAUAUAGAUGUCGUUCUGAUGUAUUAAGCGCUAUAUUAAAGGGGAUGAUAAUUAUUCUUCUUAUUCUUAUUAUCAUCAUCAUCAUCAUUAUUAUUAUUAUUUCUACUACUACUACUACUACUACUACUACUACUACAUUACUUAAAUUAUUUUGCCUUUGCUUUUUUAUGUAUGAUAAAAACAAAUACAAAACUUGCAUUUAUCUCUUCACUCAUUCUCUGCCAAAUUCAUACCCGAAGGAAAAGAAAUGACUCACUGUUUCAAAUAACAAAAGAAAAAGAAGCUUAGAAUUACUUGAUGGUAUCUUAGUCCCAGCUCUGCAGCAUGCAUUCCGUGAUUCCUCAUUCUUUUCCUGCACCAUUUUCCCCACCAUUGCCUGACUUGUUCCCAAGUGUUCAUAGGACGUUCCCCCUCGUGGGACCUCACUUUCUUUUUAUAGGCAGCAGACAGGUAAUGAGUGAGAGGUUUGGUUUCACAGGUGAGUUACUACGCACAUGGUUCCACUUCCAACCAACAUGGCAGUGCUAAUUGGGCAUCCUUCUUCAACAAGAUGAAGAUCAACUUUUCAGCCAUUUUAUUUUCCUUCCUUAUAAAAAGUAGAUAACAUAUGAAGCCCAGGUGUAAGAAGGGGCAUCCCCUCACCGUUUCUAUUUCUUAUCUUCAAUCACAAUAAUUGUUUAGUUUAUGAUUCAUGAUAAAUAUAGCAACAACAGUAAUGAUUGUUCUGUAUAAUAUAAUGAGUUACUCAUUCACUGAACAAUUUUUUUUUUUAAUUCAGAAAAAAAAAUUAUUCCCUCCCCCUCAACCCCCAAGCCUGCAACCCUUGUAAUUCACUUUGUCUCUUAACCUAAUCUCACUUAUCUCAAAUCGAGUUAUCCAUUGUUCCAUUACAGAGGAAAUAUUGCGGUUCUCUGUUGUCCUGCUAUCUCCCUCUUUUUAUUGAAUGCUUCCCAGGUACUGUAGCUUAUUCGGUACUGUAGCUUAUUCAUCCCUGGGAUUGACUCCUCACAAAUUCAACUAGAAAUAGUAUUUAAUAUUUUAAGCUUGUCUUGCCAAAUGCUUCAGUGAAGUUGUGAAGUGCCAUCUAUUUUUGAAUGAUUUCUAGCAAUGGAGGCUUUAUAUAAGAUUCUAUUGGUUUGCUUCUUGAGAAAGAUGUUUCUUCAGAUUUUAUCUCAUCAUUCAUGAAAUCUUGAGCCUUUGGUUUGAUUGAUGCAAUCUUGUUUGCAGAGGUAAUGGUUUGCAGAUUUUCUAAGGCAAUUUAAUAUUAUGUUGACUUUGAAACUUCGAAAAGUAUAAAGAGAUAAUGUAGUCAGGUAAUCUUAUUCAUUUUCAGAUCAUUGGUUGCGACUCUUGUCUUUCAAUCAAAGGGACGUGGGUUCAAAUCCUAGCCAUGGGGUGUUUUCCUUCUGCAAGAAAUUUACCCACAUUGGCUGCACUCAUCCCAGGUGAGAUGAAUUAGCAGAUUAAUUCCUUGAAUGCACCAAGCACCUUUAGCAGCUGGAGCUAUGGCUGGGGUAAUAUACAUGUAUAGUGCGCCAUUGAAUAGGUAACUAGAUAAUCGGCACCUUAUCAAUGCUAUAAAUUACAUGAAUGAACACAAAAUUUGGUGAUAUAACCACUUUUUAACUUGCAGACUAUACUAGUUGAAAUCCUAUGAAAUACAACUAUUUAAAUGAAUUUUCAGUUAAGGAGAGCAAUCCUUAUUUGUUAAUAGUACUAGCCAAGUCACCUAAAUUUUUCUCUCAAGUAAAUUCAAAAUUAAAGUUGUUAUCCUCUUAGUAUACUUGGGAUCUAACCAAAUGUGGGGUGAAGUUGAACGAAUGUUAUAGCUUACACAGAUGUGCACUAAUCUAUUUUGUAUGACCUUGUGUUUGGCAGGUCCCUGAAAAUGAGAGUUCAUACUGUAUAAACUAAGAUGCUGCAAACCUCAGUUAAAUUCAUUUGAAACUGACCUUUAUAUCAAGUGGAUAAGGAUUAUUUCCAACUGUUUAAAGACUUUUCUCCCCAAGAGAUAGAACCUAUGAUUUUGUAAAUAAUGUUUUUCUUUAUGUUUGCAACUAGAUAAUACAUAUGAUUUGUGUUUUUGAUGUAAAUGUAUCCAGUUCAAAUUUCAAACAGUAUUUCUUUAUCAACAUCACUAACCUUGGAUGCAUAAAAUUGAGGAUAGGAACCUACAUGGACAUGUAAAGUAAUCUUAACAAAGAGCUUUGCUUACAGAUUAUGUUACUCUACUUUCCCAUUUUGAAAUAAAAGCCAAGAUUUUGUGACAUUAUGAAUGAUAGCAACGGGAAAACAUUGUGACCUGGAAACAGUAUACUGUAUGUACCCUCUACAUGAUAUUUCCCAUAAAGAAUAUUUCAAAACAUGAUGACCUGGGUCUAGUAACACAAUGAUUAAACUUGAUCAUAGGUUUGAUUUUGCAAUUGAUUGUGUUGAUGAUUGUUCACAUUCAGACACAUGAUUAAUUGCUAUGCAUGGUGUUUAAUAAGAGCACUUUAUUCUCCCUGGAUCUUCACCUUUUGAAUUACAUAUAAGCUUCAGUUUGGUUUUUAGGUGUACAUUGUCAUUAAUGCUGAUUUUGUGUGUGUAAACACAGCUUCUUUCUAACCUCAUUCUUUGCUUGCUGGUUUGCUGGCACAAACUUGACAUUGACUUGUGGGAUUCCCAGGUAGCUCAUUUCCUGCUAGCAUGGGCUUGCCAACUCUAGUGUUUACUAAAACCAUCAACCACACAUGAUCACCAUGCUGCUGAAGUAUUUCAAACUGAAAUGGAAUGAAUCAAGUAGUCAUUUAGAAUGAUUAACAUUAGCAGAUAUGUAUUCCUCUGAUUAUACACUGAAUGGUAAAUGAUGGUGGGUGUUUCAUAAAGCUGUUCGUAAAGUUACGCACAACUUUACGCACGACUCGAACCUGUUCUUAGGCACUAAAUUAGUUACAUAGGGAUAUCAUUUAGCACAACAAAUGGUCUCCAGUCGUGCGUAAAGCCAUUCGUAACUUACAAACAUCUUUAUGAAACACCUACCAGAUCUAAAUGGUUUAUAUUCACAUGGUCUACAAGCAGUUGGUGUACUUCUGAGAUAGUCUAAUACCACCUGGGCUAAACCCAUUUGGUCUAAUUGCUGUUUUGGAUACUCUGUACUUGGUCUAAUACCCAGUUAGUCUAAUUCUCAUGACAUUUAGUCACAUGCCCAAUCAGUCUAAUUUCUAUUUUGUCUACUUAUAUACACUUUUUAUUGAUAUGAAAAUUUGGUUUAAAAUCAGUACAUCUAACCAUAUAGACUAUUAAAAAGUGGUAUUACACCACUUAGAUAUGAUGAAAUGGAUGUAGCAUAAUUAGAAAUUGAAUAAAAUUGUAAAAUGGGCUAAAAUGCACUUAGAUCAAAUGUUUAGUAGAUGAACUUAGGAUAAGACCAUGUAGUUUGACACCAAACAGAAACUAUACAAAACGGGUGUGUACUAGUCAGCCACGUACCAUUUGAAUGAUUAUAGACCAGGAAUUAAAAAAUCUUUUGAGAAAGUGGCAAUGAAAAAGAACUAUUUUUCUUUAGAUGUUCUAUCUCAAAUAAAUACAGAAAUCUCAUAAAUAUUCCUUAAUUUGAAUAAUUGAGUAUGGAACUAUAAAUUGUUGCUGAUUGUUAGUUGUGAAAUGCAGCUGAAUUCUAGAAUAUUCCUCUUUGAAGAAGAGCAUAUUUUCAACCAUUCAAUUUUUAAACUUACACUUUAACCUCUUAAUUUUGUCAAAUGAAAUAAAUGAAUGU